UUAAAGUGUUGAUGACAUAAAAAUUAAUGUUAUAAGUGGUAAUAAAAUUGGAGAAUAAGUGAUUGCAACUCUAUUAUAAACAAAUAUAAACAGUUGAUAUGGGUUCUGGGCAAAGUGCUCGUAUGCUUACUAUUGAUAAUGAAGAAAUAGGUGUUAUAGCGAUAUCAGAAUCUGUUGUGGAACGAUUAACUCAACAAAUGAAUGAAAAAAAUGCUGAAGGAGUAAAGAAAGUAAGAUCCGCUACAUUAAGAGAACCAUCUUCUACAGAUGUUGAAUCUCCACAAUUACCUCAUAAUGAUGUACCAGCGAAUUUUGGUAAUUCUAUGCAUUAUCCACAAGUAACCUUAACUGCUCUUAUGAUGCAUCAACAGAAAGAACAAGAGCUUCGUAGUCAAGAUAAUUAUUGGCAGAAGCGCUUACAGAAUUUGGAAAAAAAACAUUCAAAAAUUAAUGAUAUUAUUGAUGCAGAGUAUAAAAAAGCUGCAGAAGAAUUAUAUGGCGAUGGUAAGGAGAAAAUAAAUUUUCAAGAUACGGUCCAACCAUGCAAAAGCAGUUCUGAAAAAGUGCUCCAGUGUUUCCAAGUCCAUCCUCAAGAAAUUUUAAAGUGUUCUAAUGCAGUCGAAGAAUUUUUUGAUUGUGUAGAUCAGCGACGUGCACGUGUGAUUGCAGCACGUUGUUAA